AUGAGUAUUAAUGAAAUCAAUUUAGGCGUUACAUGCGAUAUGCAUGUUCAUGUUAGAGAAGGUGCUAUGUGCGAAUUAGUUACCCCUACAAUUAGAGAGGGAGGUGUCUCUGUUGCGUACAUUAUGCCAAAUUUGCAGCCACCAGUGACUACUUUGGACAGAGUAAUCAAAUACAAGGAAGCACUACAAAAAUUAUCUCCAAAGACAACUUUUUUGAUGAGUUUUUAUCUCUCAAAGGACUUAACUCCAGAACUAAUUAACGAAGCCGCAUUAAUCGGAGCAAUUCAAGGUGUGAAGUGUUACCCAGCGGGAGUCACUACAAACUCUGCUGCAGGUGUAGACCCCAACGACUUCACAGCCUUUUAUCCAAUAUUUAAAGCUAUGGAGGCUAAUAAUGUUGUACUUAACUUACAUGGUGAAAAACCAUCUGUUUCAAAUGAUACAGAAAGCGAAGAUAUCCAUGUAUUAAACGCAGAAUCCAAAUUUUUACCAGCUUUAGCUAAAUUACAUAAGGAUUUUCCUAAUUUGAAGAUCAUCCUAGAGCAUUGCACAACUGCUGAGGCCAUUAAGACUAUCGAGACUAUCAAUAAGGAUGUCACAGAAGCAUCACAAGUGAAGGUUGCCGCUACAAUCACUGCUCAUCACCUACACUUGAUUAUCGACGAUUGGGCUGGAAACCCGAUUAAUUUCUGUAAACCUGUUGCCAAAUUACCAAGUGAUAGAAGAGCCUUAGUCAAAGCUGCUAUCUCUGGGAAACCAUAUUUUUUCUUUGGUUCUGACUCAGCACCACAUCCUUUGCAAAACAAAUCUACUCAUGUAGGUGUUUCUGCUGGUGUUUUUUCACAAUUAUUCGCCAUUGCUUAUGUUGCUGAGGUCUUCGAUGAACAAAAUUCUUUAGAUAAAUUGAAAGAUUUUGUGUCAACUUAUGGUUUAUCGUUCUAUAACAUUAAAGAUGAUGAUUUAGUAUGCGAUGAAAAAGUUCUAUUGAUUAGAAAAAAACAAACUAUUCCAGAAACUAUUACUGAUGGUAAAGACAUAGUAAUGGCUCCAUUCAUGGCAGGACAUAAAUUAAAUUGGUCCACCACAUGGAUUUAA